CACAACAGCUCGCGUAAAUAUUGCCAUUGAGUUUAACCUACCUGUCUUAACUCUUAUAUCGUAGCGCGCUGUUUGUCACAGCUGGGUGGGAUUUUAUCGUUGAGCUGCAGGCUGGGUGGAGUGUUAUUCAUUACUCGGCAAACAUGGCGAAACGGAGAAUAAAGCAGGAGACGUUUGACUCGGUGGUGAGGGAGAACAUUGAGGAGUUCGACAUGGAGGAGAGUGAAGCUCUGAAGGAAGCAAUCGAGCAGUUUGAGUCUCAGGGUGUGGACCUGAGUAAUAUUGUGAAGGCAGUACCGAAAGCAUCUUCUGAAGAGACCACAGAUGAUCAAACUCAUGAAGUCCUCCAGGCUCUGCAGUCUCUCAGAAGCACGUUAGAAUCCUCAUCCAUGUCCGUGGUGGAGAGCUUAAAGCUCUUCACAGAGCAGUGCUCCCUCGGCUUUGCUCAGCGAUGCCUGGCGGCCCAGAAAGACGCCUAUCCCACGCUCCUCUCCUGCUGCCAGGCUGCUGGUGAGGACAACAGAGUGCUCUCUGCUACUCUCGCUGCUCUUUCUGUGCUCACUGACGGCCAGCCUGAUCUUCUGGACGCCGAGGGUCAGGGCUUUUUGAUAGACACCUUACGCAGCCACCAGGAGGAUCCAGCACUGACCUGCCUGGGGAUCCGGACGGUGCGUCACUGCUGUCUGAAGCACGAGCAGAACAGGCAGGGCCUGGUGAAGGCCGGGGUGCUUAACUUACUCACCAGUGCCAUAACACGCCAUAUUGAGAGGGCUGAGGUGGUCAAAGAGGCUUGCAGCGCUCUUAGAGUCAUGACCUUUGAUGAUGACGUGCGGGUUCCUUUCGGCCAAGCGCACGAACAUGCCAAAAUGAUCGUAUUGGAGCACAAUGGACUGAAGGUCAUAAUAGAAGCUGCUAAAGCCCAUCCCGAGAACAUGCCGGUCCUCAGCGAGCUGUGUGCCACUCUGUCCCGCCUCGCUGUGAGGAACGAGUUCUGCCAAGACAUUGUGGAUUUGGGUGGACUGAAGUUCAUGAUGACGCUGUUAGCGGACAGCUUGGACUGUCAGGACCUUGUAAAGCAGGUGUUGAGUGCAUUGCGGGCGAUUGCUGGCAACGAUGAUGUCAAAGACGGCAUUGUGAAUGCAGGCGGGGCAGAGCUUAUUGUCAUGGCGGUAAACCGGCACAUGAGUAAUGUACAGGUGUGUGAACAGGGCUGUGCUGCUCUCUGCAUGCUCGCUCUGCGCAAACCCAGUAACUGCAAAAUCAUCAUGGAGAGUGGAGGAGCUCUGGCUGCACUGCAGGCCAUGAAAAUGCAUCAAGCUGAAGUUAACGUGCAGAAACAGUCGUGCAUGCUGCUUAGAAACCUGGUGUCACGAACAAGCGAUUUCAACCAGACCAUUUUGGAAAUGGGGGCUGAGGCUCUGAUCGGUCAGGCGCUGGCCUCUCACAGGGACUGCAGUGACGUGGCGAAAGCCGCUCUCAGAGACCUGGGCUGUCAGGUGGAGCUGAGAGAACUAUGGACUGGCAAGAAAGGAAGCCUGAGUAACUAAAACCCCAAGAAAACUGUUGAAGAAGGACUGAAUAGCUCAGCUAAUAAUAAACAUGUACAACAUUAAAGAGGGUUCUUCCAGAAAUAUCAAAUUCAGUCUCCAAGGUUCCAUUCUUCAUGUGUGAAUUAUUGGAUUGGAUUGGAUUGUUGGUGAUUUGACCUAUUACUGGAUUUUUUCUGAAACAAGCUCAAAGCUGAUGAAAUUAUUCAUGUGCACAAUCGACCUUUUUGUCAUAUAUACCUUGUUUUAGCUAAUUUAUAACAGCUCAAUAUAUUUUUUAUUGUGAAUGAGAAGUAGUACACUGUAAUGUUCCCUACAGUAGUCCAUGUUAAUGAGCUGGACUGUAGAACACAAGACUUAAAAUGAUGUGUAAAAUAGCUGAUCUCAGUGUGAAUAAAAAUACCUCAGAAUUAA